UGUCCUCACUGUCAGGAGAGGAGGAUGAUGCAGAUGCAUCCCUACAUCCUGAACAUCAACGAGGAUGCUCAGCUGUCUGGGGUGAUCAAGCUUUUCAUCCAGGAAGGUGAAUGGGAGGUCGGCCUGUGUGACUCCUCUCCAAGGUGCAUCUCUGUCAAGGGGCUAGGGAUCCAGGAGCGUCAUGCUGUGUUUAAGAAUGAACAACGCCAGGUAACACUGACCCCACUGGCAGGGUCAAAGGUCACUGUGAAUGGCAGUACUGUUUCCGAGACAACUGAGCUGCAGCACUUGGACCGCCUCAUUCUUGGCUCCAACUGCACCUACCUGUUCAUUGGUUUUCCCUCUGAGAGGGGCGUGGACGACUGGAGCCGCUACGACUAUGACUUCUUCCAGUCUGAACUGGCGGCUGCUGAGGGCAUCCACCUGGGUGAGUCCAGCGCUGGGUCCAGUCAGACAGACCCCAGUCUGCUGGCUGUUUUCUACGACUACAUCGAACUGAUGCCCAUGGUAGCUGAAGCCAACCAGAUGAGCCAGGAGCUUAACAAGGGGGUGGAAUUUAAGUUGGAGAUCAAGAAUCUGGCAUUGUCAGAUCCAAAAGGACACGACCUAGAGAAGGAGACUGUGGUCAGAGUCACCUCUGUGGGUAAAAAGCAGGUGUGGAUGUGGUCCAAGGCCAAGUUUGUGAACCGUAAAUUUCUGAUGGAAGAGGUCUACCAGCAGCAUCAGGCUGAGCAGAGUGGAGACAGUAGAGCACAGGGCCCGUGUACAUCUGCUUUACCAGGUGGUGCCACCAAAUCUGGCACCAGUGCCACCUACCAUCUGAGAGACUUGGUGGCACCACUGCCAUCAGUAUGA